CGAGCAGUUGUCGAUUUUCGAGGCGGGAUACCACUUAAGAGCGGUUCCUAGAGCUACCCCGUGCGUUCUUCUUGAUUAGUUUAUGGCGGGCGUAAAGUGUGAAAUCGCCUGAUCAUGGAGUUGAACAAUGUUACCGUCGAGGAUAGCGCCUCCGGGGAUGCGCACAAUCGAUCGCCGCACAAUCGUGCGCCUCCGGUGGGAGCUACAGCCACAGCCACCGCCACAUCCACACCCACACAUGCCGAGAGGCAAAAGCCCCAACUGCUAUAUGCCAUCAACGACAACCCGCCCUGGUAUCUGAGCAUAUUCCUCGCAUUCCAGCACUAUCUGACCAUGAUCGGGGCCAUUGUCUCCAUCCCGUUCAUACUGACGCCGGCGCUUUGCAUGUCCGACGAGGAUGCCAAUCGGGGCAUCAUCAUAUCCACCAUGAUCUUCGUCACCGGCAUUGUGACCUACUUCCAGGCCACGUGGGGCGUCCGUCUGCCCAUUGUUCAGGGCGGAACCAUCUCGUUUCUGGUGCCCACGCUCGCCAUUCUCGCCCUGCCCCAGUGGAAGUGUCCUCCGCAGGCCGAGAUGGAUGCCAUGGCCGAGGACGAGCGGCAGGAGCUGUGGCAAGUGCGUAUGCGGGAGCUAUCGGGCGCCAUCGCUGUGUCCGCCAUGGUUCAAGUCAUCCUGGGCUACACGGGGCUGGUGGGCAAGAUCCUCAAGUACGUCACGCCGCUGACAAUUGUGCCCACUGUGUCGCUUGUGGGUCUGACGCUGUUCGAGCAUGCGGCGGACACGGCCUCCAAGCACUGGGGCAUAGCCGUGGGCACCACGGCCAUGCUGACGCUCUUCUCGCAGAUAAUGUCGAAUGUGUCCGUGCCCGUGGUGGCCUACCGCAAGGGUCACGGCUUUGAGGUGCGCCAGUUCCAGUUGUUUCGCCUGUUCCCGGUGCUGCUGACCAUCAUGAUCAUGUGGGGCCUGUGCGGCAUCCUGACAGCCACCGAUGUCUUCCCACCGUCGCAUCCCUCACGCACAGAUGUCCGCCUGAAUGUCCUGAUCAGCGCCAAGUGGUUCUACGUGCCGUAUCCGGGUCAGUUCGGCUGGCCAUCGGUCACGCUGUCAGGGGUUCUGGGAAUGCUGGCCGGCGUGCUGGCCUGCACGGUGGAAUCGCUGAGCUAUUACCCGACUGUGUCGCAGAUGUCCGGCGCCCACUCGCCUCCGCUCCAUGCCAUCAACCGGGGCAUCGGCACUGAGGGACUAGGCACUGUCCUCGCCGGACUCUGGGGAGCUGGCAACGGAACGAACACGUUCGGAGAGAAUGUCGGCGCCAUCGGAGUCACUAAGAUUGGUUCGCGUCGCGUCAUCCAGUGGGCGGCGCUGAUAAUGGUCCUCCAAGGGGUGAUCGGCAAGUUUGGGGCUAUCUUCAUUCUCAUUCCUGAUUCGGUGGUGGGCGGAAUAUUCUGCGUGAUGUUCGGCAUGAUCAUUGCCUUCGGCCUGUCCACGCUGCAGUAUGUGGAUCUGCGAUCGUCGAGGAACCUGUACAUCCUCGGUCUGUCCAUAUUCUUUCCCAUGGUUCUCUGUCGCUGGAUGCAGGAACAUCCCGGUGCCAUUGACACGGGCAACGAGACGGUCGACUCGACACUAUCCGUGCUGCUGGGCACAACCAUAUUGGUGGGUGGUGUCCUGGGCUGCUUUCUGGACAACGUGAUACCUGGCACGCCCGCCGAGCGCGGCCUCAUCGAGUGGGCCAACGAAAUGCCGCUCGGCGAUGACAACAUCAACGACGGCACGGCCACGGACUACGACUUUCCCUAUGGCAUGGAUGCCAUUCGCAGCUGGAAGUGGACCUACUACAUACCCUUUAUGCCCACCUACAAGCUCCAAAAGCAGAGCUGAUUAUCCCCACAGUCGGGCUCGAUCGAUGGGAACGCCAGAGAAUAAUAAUGAAUGCAAUUCUAUUUGUAA